GUUAAUUACCUCCGCCCCGCCACUCCCUCAUCUUCAAACUCAGAAACAGCUCCUAAGCAAGAGCGCGGCAGAGGGCACCGCGAGUCUUCGCCAUGGGCCUUGGGGACUUCGGAAGCAGCAGAGAGGAAGUUUCGCGGGCAGGCCUUGGAGAAGCAGGCAGAGCUGGGCUUUGGCCCCCAGCCCCAGGCCCGGCGCGCGGCUCCCCGGGGGCCGGCAGGAGCCUGGACUUGCAGGAGCAGGCCCCCGCUGCCAGCCUGCGGCUGGAGGACUUCCGACGGCGGCUGUUGCGCGCCUUCCAGAGGGCGGUGCCGCGCGGGGGCUCCAGACGUGCGCGGGAGGCGGCGGAGGCCGCGGCGCGGGAGGAGCAGAACCGGGAGCGCGUGGAGGGCGCCCUCGCCGGGCUGCGCGCGGAGCUGCUGGAAAUGCAUUUCCAAAACCGUCAGCUGGCCAGAACUCUGCUGGAUUUAAACAUGAAAAUGCAGCAAUUAAAAAAGGAAUAUGAACUGGAAGUUGCAGGGGAAUCUCCAGGUCUGGAAGAUAAUGCUGAGAAUCUGGACAAUGGAAAUGCAGAAGUGAAGAUCUGAACCCCCAAGUCACACAGACAACUGUGGACCAAGUUCUAACUGUCACAUCUUGGAUACCUUGCAUAAGCUUUGAGGGAUAAUUUGUAGACCGAACACUUAGAUGUCAAGGAAAGGUGACAGAAAACAUGAUGGGGGAGAAUGGAGGGAGAAAAUGGUGUUGCUGUGUUUCCAGAUUAUUUAUCCUGGCUGGAACAUAGAGUUAAAGCAAGCAUGGGUGAGCGCCUUAGUGCUGACUCCCAGUGUUCCAUCCUGUGUCACCUUGCCUUUCCAACUGCCUGAACUUUCAGAACCUGAUGUUUUCAUCCUGCUUGAUUAUUCAGUCUUUGUUCAGCAGCCUGUUUUUCUCCCAGCUCGUUUUUGGAGAAUGACGUCCACCUGCCCUGUAGGUGGCCUGCCUUUCAGAGUGCCUCGGCCUCCUUAGAUACAGGCAUGUGGACCACGGCAGACCAAGCCGCUGUCCCUGGGGCUUUCUGAGCUGGUGCAAUGGGAUAGAUAAAUAGUCCCUGGUGGUGGAAACUGUGAAGCAAGGAGCCUGAAGCUGCUAGUGGCCCCGGGGUAAGAAUCCCAAGGUCUAGUGACGGGGUUGAAACUGAGCUACUGAGAACACGAUAGGCAGGUUGUUGGUUUUCCUUGACCUUGGGGUCAAGCUGUAGAAAACCUCAGGCCUUACUGUUGUUUAGUAACACAAUGUUCUUGUGCCCUUCUCAUCAGAUCUGCCUUUGCCUAACUUAAGUUGGAAUUUCAUGACUUGCAUCCGAAAGUUUUCUAACAAUUUCUUUGUCCAGUUUAUUGAAGUUGAAAUGAUUCUUAUUGUUGAAUUAGAGUAUCUUAACAAAAGCCUGAAAGUAUUGUCUUUAAUUCAAAAAAUAAAGUUAACAAAAA